AAAAACAAAAAAACAACCACAGCUGGGAAAUUUUGAAAUAUGUCUACAAAAAUAUAAUGAUAAUUAUAAUAAUAAUAAUAAUAAUAUAACCUAGUAGUUUGCUUAAUUCCGCUUUCUCUACAUAUUUGUUAUUUUUUCAUGCAGAUCUUUGAUUGGCUCGAAUUUAAUUGUAGUCAAUACAUUUCAUAGUUGAAUUGACGUUUCGGCAGCAGUUGACGAGUGGUCCUGCAGGUGGCAGUGUAACCUCAUCUUGUGUGUAAUUGCGCCCAGCGAGGAAGGGUUCAGAGAGAGCGGGGAAAUUCAGGAGAAGGAAGGGAGACAGAAGAGUGAGCAACCAUAUUUAAAAGACGACACAAAUAGAUGAUGGACAAGUUGGUGUACUUGACAGGAGGAAAAUGGCAGAGGAGGAGGAGGAGGAGCUAUCCCAAAGGCCCCGCCCCCCUGAGCUCUGACUCGCCUCUGCUGUGUGACAGUAGGAAGGUUCGGCUCUCCCCAGCAUUAUCUAAACACACACACGCACACACUCACACUCAGCCUAUCACACACACACACAUAAGCACACAUGCACACAGACACGCAGCAAAUGCCUCUGCCCACUCAAACCCUUCUAAAGCUGUUUUUCUGCUGGAGAUCAACGACAACCAACAGCUGCCUCUGCUGAGGACAGACAAGAGGAACAGAGGGACGGGAGAAGAGGAGCAGGAGGAGGAGGAAGAGAGAGGAAAAACACCAAAUACCUCUUGAACUUCUGGGUUUGUGACUCCAGCAGUCCAGUUGAGUCCAGUGAGGGAGCGUUGUCUUGGUUUCUUUUUCUAUGUGACACAAGGUGGACGACGACGAAGAAGAAGAGAGAAGAGCGAUCUGGAGUUCAAGCGACAUACUUGGGAGUGAAUGGGUUGCCAUGGUUACAUGCCCAGGGAGCCUGACCCGUGCAGAGUGAAUGGAGGGAGCGCCCUGGACACCAAGUGACACGAUAAACUAAUCAAAAGGAAGUCACCGGAGAAAGAGAGGCGAAGCAGAAUAAGUGGAACAGAGAGUCUCAGAAUGGAGGACGGCUUUUCCAGCUACAGCAGCUUGUAUGACACCUCGUCGCUGCUACAGUUCUGCAAUGAUGAUAGUGCAUCCGCAUCCAGCAGCAUGGAGGUCACAGACCGCAUCGCCUCCCUGGAGCAGAGGGUCCAGAUGCAGGAAGACGAGAUCCAGCUGCUCAAGUCCGCUCUGGCCGACGUGGUCCGCAGGCUCAACGUAUCUGAGGAGCAGCAGGCCAUGAGCUCACGCCGAGGGCCCACUAAAGAGCCUACUUUGAUGAGAAAGUCUCCUUCAGCAGACAGCCAUGUUGGGAGGUCAGCUCGGCCAAUGAUUGCCACCUUGCCGUUACGGCCCUCAGUGAACAACGGGACCGUCCUACCAAAGAAAGGCAGUGGCACUCUGCCCUCCCCAUCUGGAUCCGGAUCCAGAAAGGACACCAGCACACCAUCCAGCAGAAGCACCGUGAGGAGAGCCAACUCCAACGAGCAUGUGGGUUCCCUCACACGCAAAGAUUCGGGCGACUCCAAGGGCAACAGAACUCGCGCAGGAUCCACAGGAAGCAAUUCCAGCGGCAAAAGAAGUGACAGCAAGCAGAGGGACCCAGUGUUCAACACAGGGAUGCGACGUGUGACCCACUGCAAAGAGGAAGGUUAUGUGAAAAUGUAUUUAAAGGGCCGCCCCAUCACCAUGUUCAUGCCCAAAGACCAAGUGCAAGGCUACUGUCUGGAGGCGAGAGCUGACCUUCCAGUCAACAAGCUCAAACUGGACUGGGUAUACGGUUACCGUGGUCGAGACUGCCGCUCAAAUCUUUACCUGUUGCCCACUGGGGAAACUGUGUAUUUCAUUGCCUCGGUGGUGGUCUUGUUCAAUGUGGAUGAGCGGCUGCAGAGACACUACACUGGACACACAGAUGACAUUAAAUGCUUGGCAGUCCACCCAGAUAAAAUCACCAUAGCAACGGGGCAGGUGGCUGGCACCUCCUCAGAGGGUAAAUUGGCUCCACAUAUUCGUGUGUGGGACUCUGUUAGCCUCAACACCCUCCAUGUUCUGGGGGCAGCUUACUUUGAACGAGCCCUUGUCUGCCUGGCUUUUUCCAAGUCGAAUGGAGGGAACACGCUGUGCGUUGUAGAUGACUCGAGUGACCAUGUGCUGUCUGUUUGGGACUGGCAGCGAGAAGACAGACUGGCUGAGGUUAAGAGUUCCAACGAGACCGUCUUUGCUGCAGAUUUUCACCCGACUGACAGCAACAUCCUGGUGACCUGCGGCAAGUCCCAUCUCCAUUUUUGGAGUUUGGAGAAAGGCAUCCUGGUAAAAAAGCAAGGACUUUUUGAGAAACAGGAGAAGCCCAAGUUUGUUUUAUGUGUGACAUUUGCAGAAAAUGGAGACGCCAUUACAGGAGACUCAAGUGGGAACAUCUUGGUGUGGGGUAAAGGCACUAAUCGCAUCAGCCAUGUCAUCCAAGGGGCUCACGAGGGCAGCAUCUUUGCCCUGUGCAUGCUGAGGAACGGCAUGCUGGUGUCCGGAGGUAAAGACUGCCGGCUCAUCUCUUGGGACAGCAGCUACCAGCAGAUCCAAACAUUGGAGGUGCCUGAAUUUUUUGGUCCCAUCCGGACUGUAGCAGAGGGCAGAGGGGAGACUGUUCUCCUCGGAACCACAAAGAAUUUUGUUUUACAAGGCACCUUAGAUGGAGAGUUUCUGCCUAUUACACAGGGUCAUACUGAUGAAUUGUGGGGUCUGGCCGUUCACCCCUGUAAGCCUCACUUUGUCACCUGUGGCUAUGACAGGCAAGUUUGUCUGUGGGACUCCAGUUCACGUCAGCUCAUCUGGAGCAAAAACAUGGAAGACGCUGCCCAGUCAGCAGACUUCCAUCCAUCUGGAGCUGUGGUUGCCAUAGGAACCCAGACUGGCAGGUGGCUGGUACUGGACACCGACUCAAAGGAUUUAGUCACUGUCCACACAGAUGGGAAUGAACAACUUUCUGUUAUGAGUUUUGGCCCAGAUGGUAACUUCCUAGCCAUUGGCUCUCAUGACAACUACAUUUACAUCUAUGCUGUGGGAGAAAACGGCAGGAAGUACAGCAGAGUGGGGAAGUGCUCGGGUCACUCAAGUUUCAUCACCCACCUAGACUGGUCAGUGGACUCCCAAUACCUGGUGUCAAACUCAGGAGACUAUGAGAUACUGUACUGGAUCCCAUCCGUGUGUAAACAGGUGGUCAGCAUGGAGACCAUCAGAGAUAUUGAAUGGGCCACACACACCUGCACUCUUGGCUUUCAGGUUUUUGGUAUGUGGUCCGAUGGCUCAGACGGUACCGACAUCAAUGCUGCUAGCAGGUCCAAUAAUAAAAGCCUUCUCGCUACGGGGGAUGACUUUGGGAAGGUCCACCUCUUCUCAUAUCCCUGUUCUCAGUUCAGGGCUCCCAGCCAUGUUUACGGGUGCCAUAGCAGUCACGUGACCAACGUGACCUUCCUGUAUAACGACAGCUGCCUGGUGUCAACGGGAGGGAAGGACAUGAGUGUGAUGCAAUGGAGGAUAGUCUGAGUGACAAGACGGGGACGUUGAAAGACUUCCCUCUGCUGCUGACUUUCAGCUGAAGCUGCACUACAAGAGAACUGAACCAAACUUCAAAUGAAAUGCCUAAAACGUGUCUCUGGACUGAAGUGAAUUUACAGAAGGUUUCGAUAGCAGGUCUGCUUUCAGGUCCCUUGAUGAGGUGAACUGGUGAGGUAUUGAUUUGUGUUUCUCCUUUUUUUCUUCAUUCAGCCACACUACAGGCCAAAAAAAACAAA